AUGGGGUUGCAGGACCUAAUCGAGCGCAGUCGUGAGCGAAAUGACUUGGAGAUGUGGACGGGUGCCAAAGGCCAUGAUCAAUCCGAUACCCCGGGAACUCCCUUUGGCAUGCAUUAUAUACCCACGCCCCCAGAAACUUUGCGAGGGCGCUCAGCUCACCCCACCUCUGCAACCGAACACACAGGGAGCCAGUCCGUGCCUUCAUUCAAGAAUGAGCGAUCGGGGGAGCAAAGCACAUUCACAAAAUCUCUUCCAAGCCUUCAUGCCAGUCAAGAAGAAUUGGCUCGUCUCCGAUCUCGAGAAGGCUUUAUGGGCAGCAGCAGCGGUGAGAACCUUCAGAAUCUUGUGGCUGACUGGGCUCAUUACAUGGGAUCAAACCCUAAUGAUUAUCGCGCGGCAUCUUCCGCAUCGCUAGCCAGGGAAGAUCCGGGCAUUAUGGUUCGCAAAACACGACAACCAACUAGUUCUCCCAGGACACACCCCGAGGCCCGAGUACCACAUCUGGGUGAUCUAGACCUUUCGCACAGACUCGCGGGAACAAGCAUAGGGUCCGAGCCGCCAUCGACUAAUGCAUCCAUGUCGGAACUUCCACGUGCGAAUCGAUAUGGGCUACAAAUGGUAUCACAGGAGAACUUUCAGCCUCAUGAGAGGUCUGGAACGGCAAUCAUGGGUCCCGAGUCCCACAACCAGGCUAUGUCUCAUCAACGAGAUGCGUCCUCUUUUUAUUCGCGCCAAAGCAGUGACCCUUCGCGGGGAGCAUCUGCCGUUCAAUCACUAAGAGUUCAUGCUGCAAAUGCAAUUGAUAGCUUGCCCAAUAUUCAUACACAAAUGGCAGCUGAGAUUUGCUCGGUCGAAGAUGAACUGGAACCAGGUACCGAGGCUCUGAAAAGCAAGUUUGUUGAGCAACUUGAUACGCCAAACUGGGGAUCACCCCAGAGUCAUGGCAUUUCCAAUGGCGCCAACGGCGCCGGACCACAUCGCAAAGUUAGUCCCGGCUGGAUGACCGAGGGCCGGCGGAUGGGCUAUGGGUAUAGCUUGGUGGACAAUGCUGAGGACCACGGAGACACUCCCGGGCUGAGGCCUGACAGCCAACAGUCUCCUGUGAAACAAAGUCCUACUAAUGUCAAGGCAGAACCAGUUUUGACACCAUCGAUGUGGGCCAAAAUGAAGAGCCAUUCGGUUCGAGGUAAUAGACACGCACCGCUGGCAGUGGACUUGGCUAGUGAAGGAAUGGCUGUUGGCCGUGUAAACUCGAUUCGCGCGCAACACAUUGAGUCGCCAACUUCUGAGAAGACACCAACUUCUGCAAAGACUCCAAAUUCCGGAAGCAGCUUUUAUGUCGAAGACGUGGACGAAACCUUUUUAAGUCGAUGGGCGAAAAUCAGCCGGUCCACACGCCAACAACCACAACCAGAGAAGUACGACAAUUCAACCCAUGGAAGUGAUGUCUGUGUCCGGUCCCCAGAUGCUUCACCACUUAGUGAACGCCACUUCUCGAUGGAUCAAACAAACCACCAGCCCUCUGUGUACUUCGAUCCGUCGAAUGACAGGAGUGCAGACAGAUUAAAUGGAGAACCUUCCCGCUCCCGUAGUGGCCGUUGGGUACUGAAGUUUUCCAGGAACAGGGAAAGCAAGAGACGCUCGAAUCUCCCUCCAAAAGAAUUAUCCGAUAAAUCGCCAGUGCAGUACCAGGACCAUCCAUCGAGUGGCCUGGGACGGGCAAACUCUACCAGAAGCGAUAUGGCAGAGGAGCUCGCGAGUGCGUAUCAGGAGUGCAUUGGGAUGCCCGGGGCUUUCUAUGGAAGCCGGUGGGCGAGCCGAACAAGUCUAGUGGUGGAGGCAGAGUGA